AUGAUACUUACCUUGCUGACUCCUGCUCCAGCCUGGGCUCGCUCCCUCCCUCUCCCAUCUACAGCCAGCAUACCUGGCUGCAGCAGCUACAGACACUUACCUGUCAGCUGUCUUCCUUCUCCGGCCGCUCCCUCGCUCGAUCUUCUUUGAUCUUCGUGCUGCUGCUUAGCUCCUCCUCCUCGCUGGUGAUUGGCCGCCUGUGUGCCUCUCCUGAGCUACAGUUCCAGCGGCCAAUCACUGGCGAGGAGGCGGAGCUGUUGAGUGAUCCCGGAGAUGUGGCCAGAUGACAGGGGCGGCAUGUCAUCCCGCACACACAUCGCGACGGAUAGAGGAGCGGUGUCUCGGUUCCUAA